GAUUUGCCGUAGUCUUUCAUAUCACGGAAGUUAUUUUGAAAUUGAUAAAAAAUAGCUAGUUGGCUAGAAGGAAUAACAUUUAUUGUGAAUUAUUCCACCUGUCAAGACGAUGCAGGGCCGGCAGAUAAAACAAUGUGGCUUUUCCUCACUGACUCUUUUGGCCACAUUUCUCCAUUGUAACUGUUUGCCACACAGUACUGGUGGAAAGCCAUUUCCAGAGACCGCUAAAGAAAUUGCCAGCUAUGCAAAGGUAGCCAAGAGCAUCAUAGACUUGGCUGUGUAUGGCAAAGCCCAGAACCGCUCCUAUGAGAGACUGGCAGACUUCACAGAUACAAUAGGGAACCGUGUCAGUGGCUCUAAGAACCUGGACCUGGCUAUCAAGUACAUGUUCAGUGCCCUGAGGAAGGAUGGGCUGGAGAACGUACAUCUAGAACCAGUGAAGAUCCCACACUGGGUCAGGGGAGAGGAGAGCGCCGUGAUGCUACAGCCCCGGAACCACACCAUGGCCAUCCUUGGACUGGGCAGCAGUGUGGCUACACCCCAAGGAGGCAUUGAAGCAGAGGUGCUGGUGGUGGAGUCUUUUGAGGAGCUGAAGAAAAGGCAGAAGGAAGCAAUUGGGAAGAUCGUGGUGUAUAACCAGCCCUUUGUCAGCUAUGGGGAGACUGUGCAGUACAGGGAGUUUGGGGCAUCCAAGGCAGCUGUAGUAGGAGCUGUGGCUACUCUCAUCCGGUCCAUCACACCCUUCUCCAUCAACAGUCCUCACACAGGCUGGCAGGACUACCAGGAGGGAGUGCAGAAGAUCCCUACCGCCUGUAUCACAGUGGAAGACGCCAUGAUGAUGGCCAGGAUGGCUAAGCGAGGCCAGAAGAUUGUGGUCCGACUCACCAUGAACGCCCAGACCUUCCCUGAUGCUGACUCCUUCAACACUGUGGCUGAGAUCAUUGGCAGCGAGCACCCAGAACAGGUGGUGCUGCUCAGUGGUCAUCUGGACAGCUGGGAUGUGGGCCAGGGGGCCAUGGAUGAUGGUGGUGGAGCGCUCAUCUCCUGGGAGGCCUUGUCUCUGCUUAAAGACCUGGGUCUGCGACCCAGAAGAACCCUCCGGACAGUGCUGUGGUCUGCAGAGGAGCAGGGAGGGGUUGGAGCGCAACAGUACUUCCAGCUUCACAAGGUGAACAUCUCUAACUUUAACCUAGUGAUGGAGUCUGACCAGGGUACCUACCCCCUGGGGCUGCAGUUCACAGGCUCAGUCCAGGCCCAGGCUGUCAUGGCUGAGGUGAUGAAGCUACUGAAGCCCAUCAACACCACCACCCUGGAGGAACACGGAGAGGGACUUGAUAUAGAGAUGUGGAUGGAUGCCGGCGUGCCAGGAGCCAGCCUGCACGUUGCAGACAGUAGAUACUUCUGGUUCCACCACACCAACGGGGACACCAUGUCUGUUCAGAGCCCCAUAGAAAUGAACCUGUGUUCGGCCCUGUGGGCGGUGGUGGCCUACGUAGUGGCUGACCUGGAGGAGAUGCUGCCCAGGUAGUCCACUAGGACUGUCCUGCAUCCCAAACGUAGUGGCUGACCUGGAGGAGAUGCUGCCCAGGUAGUCCACUAGGACUGUCCUGCAUCCCAAACGGCACCCUAUCCCCUGUGUAGUUUUGGGAGAAGAAUGCACUAUAGGGAAUAUGGUGCCAUAAAAAUGCUUUACUGUUGUUUGUCCUCCAGAAGGGCUUCCUGCAGUAACCUCUCUGUGAAAUUAUACCCCACUCUGGUUAAGUGGCUAAAGAAGAAUUAAUAGUGUGUAUAAACCACACCAUGUACAAAAUGGAAUGAAGUAUUUCUGGCAUAUUAUUUCCAGUCAAUUUCUUUUAGAAUGAACACAUAUGUACUACAUGUUUCAUGUUGACUGUCAUUAUGUCUAAUCUGCCAAUAAAGCUGUGCAUUAAUUAGA